AUGUCAGAGUUCCCCAAGAAAACAGAAAAAAUCAAAUCACUUCUGAGAGCUUUGGACUCUGACUCACGAGAAUAUGACCGAUCUUCAGAGCUUUUCCAGAAAAAAGUCAAAGCAAGGAUCACGAAAAAGCUGGCUGAGCUUGCGAUUGAAUUGGAUUCUUUAAAUGCUUUUUUGAAUUCCACAAUGAUGUAAAAGAUAUGUAGAAACCAGACAGAGCUGGAAAAAAGGAAAGUUACUAUUAGCGAGCUGCAAAAAGAGUAUGAAAAAUAGGGAUUUAUAUUAUUUUAAAUUAAAAAUAAUAAAAAAUAAAGAAAAUUUAAGGGAAAUAUGAAAAUAUGAUUUGAAAUUCAAUGACCAUAUAGUCAAGAUUCAAUCUGAAGAAAAACCCCCAGCAAAGACUUCGCCGUUUGAAAUGCAGAUUCAGCUUAAAAAAGAUCAAGAAAUAAUGAUUGAUGAACUGUAUGUAAGCAGUGAAAAUUUGCAUAUGUAUUGUGAUAAUAUUGGGGAAGAGCUCGAUGUUCAUAAUAAUCUGCUGACGAAUUUUGAGAAAAUGAUUGAUAAGAAUGCUAAUUCUAUGGAGAGGACAAAGGCUAAGCUUGAGGCCUAUAUUCAACAAACUUCAAAUUCUUGCCUAGGAUGUGUAAUUUUCGGGCUUGCUUUAAUAUUGGUAAUUCUUUUAAUUUACUUUUAA